AUGUUUGUAAUUGAAACCGAAAACUAUUUUGUGGACAACGGUUCAGUCAGCGACUUCGAGAUGUACCCUUGUCUCGACUUAAACGUGGACCCGGCUCCCUCAGCUGGAACAAAGUCGUUGGAGAAGUCGAAGAGAUCCCGCACUGCAUUUACCAGUCAUCAGCUUAUUGAACUUGAAAGAGAGUUUCACCUAAAUAAAUAUUUAGCCCGGACGAGGCGUAUUGAGAUUUCUCAACGUUUGGGCCUCAGUGAAAGACAGGUUAAGAUCUGGUUUCAAAAUCGUCGCAUGAAGCUCAAAAAGUUGGUCAAUAAGAAGGCCGUUCAGGAACCUCUGGCCACGUCUAAUUCUGACACUUUUCAAUCAAAAGAGGAUCUCUUAAAGGACGAUGAGAUCGUUAAGCGCCUUCUUCAAUAUACCAACACAAAUGUGGAAACAAUUCCAAUGCAGCAGAACACUGCAUUCAUCUUGGAAGAGGGUCAAAUCACGCCACCCUAUCAGGCCUACGAUUACCUCCAUGAGUUCUGCCCUGCUCCAAUGGAUCUUCCCCAACUACCUUUCAAUGAACUCGAUUCCAACUGGGCGAGUAAUUGGUUGGGUCUUGAAGCAACCAUUCCACCCACAGGAAACGUUAUAGACCCAAAUUCAAAUAGUUACUGGGACUCGAAUAGUUCUGCUGCAGGAUCCACAUCAUCGGAAGAUAUUCUGGAUGUGGACUUCGACUUUAUACAGAAUUUAUUAGACUUUUGA